AUGAAUAUAACUGAGUUUGACACACAAUUCACCAAUUCUGUUGCAAUAUGGAACGAUAUAUAUGAUGCACCCUUACCACACCCACGCAGUCACACCACCACCAGCAAGAGAAGUAGCAGUACACCUCGGAGUACGCACACAACCAACAACAGGAGAAACCCGCGCCACUAUCCAACACCCACGCCGACGAUUGUAGGCAAAAGCGUAAGUUUCCCACCAUUUGAUCCAACACCGAGAUCAUGGAGGAACAACUCAGAGCAUGGAUUGUAUCCAAGUGUCUCCAGUCCUUGGAGCUAUUGCUAUCUGAAUGCACCGACACCAACAAAGAGCUACCGUGAUUUUACGCUCGGCCCUCAGUCGUGGAAUCCGUGGACGUAUGACUAUUUGAGGAGUGUGCACACUCCCCCACGGGCCAAGGCCUCUUACGAGUAUGGAUUGAACGCAUACCCCUGGGUCUACCAACCUUGGAGCUACAGCUCUUUGCUAAAUGGCCCCACUAAGAGCGACUACAGCAAUGUGGAGAAGAACGUCGACAAUAAACGGCACCCUUACUCAUGGCGUCAGCCCAAUGCCAGGAGCGCCACAACUCCUACUAGGCGUUUUUACGCCGACCUGUUCCCUGAAAACGACUCCCAUUCUGUGACGAAACGUUAUUUUGAUGACUCAGAUUUGAACCCCUACUCUGGACGCCCGUGGAGCUUCUCUGCGAAGAACCUCAGUAUGCCCACCAAGCAUUACUACGAUGACCUAGACGUUGAAUAUGCUUUGCGCCCACAGAAGUACGCCUAUCAUGGCUAUGCACGUAGUGGGAAACAACCUUUGAAGCGAGGUGAUUACAAUUUGUACCCAUUUUCGGGGGUGCCACUGAGUUCUCACUAUCUCAAGUCACCUCCGACCCCGACUCUGAAAUCCUAUUACAGGGAUCUUGACCUUGAUCAGUUCAUGUACUCGGGUCACCCAUGGCGCUACCCAUACCGGUAUAAUGCGCACACUGUCCCCAGGCGAAGCUACGAUGAUCUCGAUUUGGAUCUCUCUGCAAGCUAUCGCCAUGCUAGUCCCUCUGCACCAAGGCGAUAUUUCGACGACAUGGACUUGUACCCCUACACCAAGAGUUCGAUGAGCCACCCCUAUGGUCAGGGACUCUACUCGCCAACCAAGAGCUACGUUGGCGACCUGUACUAUCCCUACACCAGCUUCUCUGCUAGGGGGCCGACAACUGCAACAAAACGUUUCUAUGAUGACAUGGACUUGGAACUGUAUCGCGACUCUGAACGCCCCUUCAGCUCCCCUCAUGUAGGUCAAAUCAGGCGCUCCUACGAUGACCUUGACAUCGACAGUUAUCGCCCAACACGGCGCCCAGCAUCGGUUUACGCUGCCAAAAGUGGCCCUAAACCAAGAUUGGGGCAUUUCAAUUUCGAGCGUUACCCGUACUCUGGGAGCCCUUUGUAUGCCGGCAACUUUAGGUAUGCCACGGCACCUAUCUCUAAGACCCGGGGGUUGUGCCCAUAUCCAUACAGGCCAUGGAGUCAUGCUUACUUGCUGCGGGGAGACGGUGAACUGGCCGAGAAAACAAACUAUUUGGACGCUUCAAGACGCAGAUAUGGCGACUUAUUGGGUCCUGAUUACGAGACAAACAGGCGAGUCGAUGCCUUGGUCGAUUACGAUAUUCCUAAAGCCAUGAAGUCCCUUUCGAGCGUACGUGACCAAAUGAACGAGGUGAAGGGUGGGAUGGGUACCCACAGAAUGCUCAUCGAUAGGUAUCUUACCCUGGACUUGGGCCCAUCCCAAGAAGUCGAUUAUGAGGUAGCAAAGAAGUACUAUGAAUUGGCAGCAAGGAUGCCAGAACUCGAGCCUGACAAGUACCAUAGGAGAGCCUUGUAUUCUGAUGGGCCCGCGGUGAACCUAAGCGGCGCAGGUCGAUCCCGUUCUGUGCCUUGCUAUAAUGCAGGUAACAUUAGCCAUUACGGGCAGUUCAACCAGCCCGUCUCCGAGCUCCGAAACAAACUGAGAAAGGUGAUCACAAAAUCGAAACGUGAUCCCACCUUCUACAGCUACUAGCCCAGUGCCAGAUUAAGAUACCGAGCGCCUUUAAUUUUGGAGAGAGCUGACCAGAUGUAACACGUGGUGCCUUGAUAGAUAAUACCACUAUUAACAUCAUCCAGCUCUGACUGCCAAACUAAAGAUAUUAUAUUCGAAGUUUUGUAUAUAUUUAUUUCGCACUUUCAAUUAUAAACAUGUUAAAUAAUUAUGCGAUAGAAUGGAACUCCGAAGGCGAACGAUGCCUUAAUAUGUAGAAUGUUGUAAAUGGAAGAAAAUCGGACUUUAGUUUUGCUAAACCUCAAAUUAAACUACAAGGGGAGCGACGACUAUGGGUAAAGGUCAUUCCGACCGCGGCCAUUUUAGCUAUCAAAGGUCAAGGCUGUUGAAGUGUCAGUUGGCGUGGUGGUCUCUCUCCUUGAGGGUUUACGUUCGACCAAGAGAGUACAGUGUUUACGAUGUCAUCAUUCUGUGGCGCACCCAACUUUCGCAACUGUUAUCGCAGUGUGGUCACAGUUGACAGACGGUUUUUCAAUAGAGAUGAGAAGGAGUUGCACAAAAUGCAAGAUCUUGACUGCUUUUCACCGGUGUCAUGAUGCAGAGGUCCCCAAAAAUAAACAUUUACCAGCAUUAUAAUCGUAAUUCUCGUAAAAUUCGUGCGACCCCUAGUGGCGACCAAUAUCAACGCCCUUCGAGGCUGCGAACACAGUGACUCGUUGUCUGAUUAUGGGACUACACGAACCUGACGAUUUGGUGAUCCGCGUAGCCUCCAAUUCAGCGGUAUUGCAGACGAGGCCAUUGGGCAACGCCUGUGGUCAGAAUCGGAUCAAAAUAGCAGAUUAUAAUUUGUAUAUAUUUUGUAUUGCGUGAACCGUGUUAGUGUGUAACACCAAACUUUGGUCCAUCUACCGGUAUCAAACAUUUGAUCUCCAUCAUCACGACAGAAAGGCGCUUUGGUUGUGUUUCCCUUACUCGGCAUCCCUCAGACGAAACUCCGCCGAACUUUUUCGAAUGACAAAGCGCCGUCUGUCGGUGUUAGUGACACUUCUUUAUUACCAUGACUAUUCAUUUGCUUCAUUUCCUUUUUAAAGCAUCUGAGGUUUUGCAAUCGGAGAGAUGUCCAUUUCUUGUGUAGAGGCUACUUUGUGACGCUGCAAGGGUCAUGGGGCUUUGAAGAUGCUGAAACGAAAGCGGUCACUGCCUCGAACAAUAUUAAUUGUACGUGAAAUUCCUGCGAAGGACUUUCAGAAAUAAGUCAAAGGUCCUUUCUGCUUCUGCCCGCCAUAACAAUGUGUCAAGCUAAUCCAGCAAUGCUUUGGGGAUUUGUGGCCUUCGUGUUCUUGACAUCUUCAGCCCCGUAGAUAAACCUGACGCCAUCUUUUUUAUACACUGUAUAGAUUCACGCAUACAUGUUAUGUAGCCGUUUGCCGUCGUGUCAGUCAGCGCCUGUUUUAGUUUGGUUUCCAAAUAAAACCGAUAAAGUCCA